UAAAGUAAAUCGAUGUUGACCCCAAAAAAAAAGAAAGGAAAAACAAAAAUAAAUCUCUCGGGAGAGAUAGAAGUGAAAAGAGGGGAUUAUUGCAUUUUGCCCUGAGCGGAAGACAGAGAGAGAGAGAGAGAGAAUGUAUUUGAGGAAGAACCGGAGCUAGAAAUCUGUGUAAUGGGGAGAGAACCUGUAGACAAACACAUGGAUAAGAAGACAAAUAGUUUGACAGCUAGCUCAACCGGAUCUUCUGAUGAUUAUAAAGUCCAAAGUCCGUCGACGACAAUCGAAGCUGCGGAGGUGAAGGAAUGCACAGACCAGAACCUGGUUGAAGGUGAUGAUGAUGUUCAUUCUAGGCAAGGAAGGAUGACUGAUACACCUGAUGAUGACCAUAAGAAGAAACUAAACUCAUCUUCAGCUAAAACUCGUGCUACCACGAAAACGACUGUUCCAAAGCCGUUUUCUCUGUCGGCUGAAAAGCCUAGAAGAUUAGCCAUAUAUAGAUCUGCUACAUCCAUAAGAAGUUUUAAACCCAAGAUUACAGUUGGAGUUGCUCCAACAUUUACUAGCACAGCGAGGCUGGAGAGACGGAGAGAGUUUUACCAGAAAUUAGAGGAGAAACAGAAAGCACUUGAGGCAGAGAAAAGAGAGAACGAGAAAAGGCUCAAGGAAGAGCAAGAAGCAGUCACUAAGCAACUCAGGAAGAACAUGGCUUACAAAGCUAAUCCUGUACCAAGUUUCUACCAAGAGGGUCCUCCACCGAAACAGCCAUUGAAAAAGUUUCCUCUGACUCGGCCCAAGUCACCAAACCUUAACCGCAGAAAGAGCUGCAGCGACACAGUUAACUCAUCAUAUCAGGAGGUGAAGGGGAAGCAUUGUGCUCGACAUCGUCACAGUGUAGGCGUUUACAAGGAAGAACCCAAAGCAAACAAUAUCCCGAGGACACCAAAUAGCAGUAGCAAAGACCAUAUAAGAAAGUCCACAAAGGAAACACCAAAGUCUGAAGAAGUGCAUGGAAAGUUUGUGGGAAAGAGCAAAAGUAGCUAUGAUGGAGAGACAGAUGAGAAUGGGGCUGGGGCUGGGGCUGGGGUUGUGGAGUGAAGCGCCCGCGUAGUUGUAGUUUCGUUUUGACUAACUUGAUGAAUGAGAAAACAAGAAAAAGACUGAGAAGCGACUGCAAGGAGAACAGGUUUUAGAGUGAAGGAACAAGUUUAAAGUUUCUUGUUAUUUGUGGCGUUGUCUAAUGUUAUCUAAGAUUUGUUUGUUCUAAAUUUGAUUGCUAAAUCAGCUGGUUCUAUUUUCGUUUGAUCUUUUCUUAUCUGUUUGACAGUUAAUGUGAAAUGUAUAUUAAGGUUGUUAUAUGGAUCCGAUAUAUCCCAACUUAAAUUAUUAUAACUAGAUUAAUGGUUGGCUGAGACACA